GAACGCACUGGUGUGAUCCCGGAAGUACGCCAUGUAAAACAAAGUAGUUGUUUAGUUCGCUGAGCGUUGGCGUCAACAAAAGUACAUUUUCAAGUCGAUCAUUUCAGGAUGGGCACUACAGCAAGUCAACUCGGGAAAGAUUUGCUGUCGGAAUACCAAGUAAGUACCUAAAAAGGAAGUCUGCGAAGACAAUAAACUUAGUUUUGAUGUUAAAGUUUGUGGAGUCCUUAAAGUUUAGAGCAGUCGAUGGAAACCAAGAGAACGUAAUUACUACGUUCUCAUCGCCACUUCGUCUUUAUUAAUUAUUCGGUCAGAUGUUUCAGUAUAUCUCAAAAUACAUUGUAAGUGGGAUUUUCCCGAACUAUAAAUAGUCAUGGGUUUUGCUGAGGAGAGAAGCUAAUGUUGCUAGUACGCAUACAUGGGUGCAUUUUCAGAGGAGGUCAUACAUAAACUAUUUUAAAACUGAACUGUUGAUUUGAUUUGUGACUUUUGCCAAUGUUAUAAUGAUAUCUAUCACCUUUAGAGCUAGCUAUGGAGACAUAGAGACAAAAAUCCUGAUGUACCUGUGCUGUCCUGUACUUGUGCAAAUGGUAAUAAUCUAUUUUGUUCUUAUAGGAGCUGACAUUCCUGACAAAACAAGAAAUUCUCCUGUGAGUUAUAAGCUACACACCACUCUACAAAUAUUUACAUUAUUAUAUUAUAUUUCCUCUGCUUUUUUACAAAUGUUAUCUUUCUUUAGUGCUCAGAAGAGAUUCACUGAACUGCUCACAAAAGAUGAGAAAAAUCUCCCAAAUACCAGGGUGCCAAUGGAGAGGAUUUUAACUCUGCCAGAACUGAAGGUGAACAUGUGUAUUUAUAAGUCAAAAAAAUUAUACUUUUAGUCAGAGGACUGCUUUGGUGUUCUGUGUCACAUUUUAUGUGUCUUUGAGGAAGUGCUACAAGCACUGAUAAACCUAACUGACCCUUGCACCUUUCCUCUUACAGUCAAACCCUUUCAGGAAACGAAUCUGCCACGUUUUCUCCACCUCUGAGCAGAAAGAUGGAAGUCUCACAUUUGAAGACUUUCUGGACCUUUUGAGUGCCUUCAGUGACUCCGCUACUCUGGAAAUUAAAUCCCAUUAUGCAUUCCGCAUAUUUGGUAAAUAAAGUGAAAUUUUUAUUAUUUUAAAACAUUGAGAUAAUUUUUGGGCUGAGAGCAAUAUUUUUGUUCACAGACUUUGAUGAUGAUGGAACUCUUGAUUAUGGUGAUCUGGAGAAACUAGUCAACUGCCUAACUGGUGAGACAGAUGACACUAGACUUACAACUGAAGAAAUGAGGCAGCUCAUUGGCAAUGUAAGCUUUUGUGAAUGUUUUUCAUUUAUGGCAUUAUAAUUGAAAGGAGUGUUUAUGUAUCUGCCUAUCUAUUCAUAUAUCUAUCUGUGGCUUAUCAAAUUUUUAAAAGUUUGGUUGCAAGACUAACGGUGUUUCCUUACCUUGCUCUUUAGAUUCUUGAGGAGUCAGACAUUGACAAAGAUGGAACUGUUAACCUCUCAGAGUUUCAGCAUGUCAUUUCAAGAUCACCAGAUUUUGUCAGGUAACUACAAAUGUUUUGAGUGUAAUCACUUAAAUAGAUCACACCCGAUGAAAUUUUAUUUAAUCUACCUUUUAUUGUGUUUUGGUUUUCCACAGUUCUUUCAAGAUUGUGCUGUGAAGACUUCAAACACCAUGUGGAAAAAGCUUUGCCCUUUUAAUUCUGUGUGUUUUAAGUUUCAAGUAGAGCAAUUUUAGAUAUUUGCCUUAAAUUAUAUUAACAUUUACUGCUUUAUCUGUUUUAUGUAUUGUCUGUGAAUUAUAAAAACUGUAAUUUUUUAAUUUCUUAAAAUAAAAUUUACAAUAUUUCUAAGAUCUUGAGUACCUUUAUUUUUAAGAGUAUCAACAAAUUCAUGAGUACAAAAUACAAUCAAUUCAAAUCACUGUAUUUGAUGUAAUAGCUUACACUUCCUGGUAUUUUGUCCAAAGUCCAUUGUCCAAGUCUAUCAGUCUCAAGAUUUAAUCUUUACUUCCUUCUUGACAACAGCAGCAAAAGUGUUCCAUGCCCCACACACUACAUCAACAACACACAUCUGCUUUUCUUUGAAGAACUCCACACACAGUGGCUCAUCUGAACUGACCAGAUUCUUGUGCCCAAGUUGGCCAUAGUCACCUAAAAUUGUUAAAAAAGGGAAGAACAAAGAUUACGUAAACUUAAUUUGUACUCUCAGGAACCUGUUCACAUCUUGAUGUUACAUAUGCUACUAAUUGUAGAUAUCUGGUCAUCAAUUUAGUUUAUUACACAAAAAAGGAAACAUACCCCAGCCCCAUGUGUAGAGGUUACCACUGGCUGUAAUUAGAAAAAAAAAAGAAAAAAAGAUUACUAAGAAACUUGCUAGCUCAAAAAUUAUACAUCAAAUGUCAAGUGAGAUUUCUUACUAGUUACAGCAGCAGUGUGUCUGCUGCCACAGCUGACUGUCUUGACCUCACAUGAUGGAGUGACAUCCAGCAGAGCUGGGAAUGCUUGGAUGGAUAUGAAUACCUCUUCAUUCUUCUCUCCCUCUUGUUGCUCAUCAGCAGUUGUUUUGCCAGUAUGUUGGUAUGAUGCACCUGCUUCUGAAGAUUCAAUACUUAGAGCUACUUAUGCAUAGAGCUACUUAUCUUGUUACUACUAUGAACAGCAAACACUUUAAAAAUACAACAAUUAAACCAAGAAUCGCCAAUAACCCAAAUACCAUCAAACAACAUACUUGUGCAUCUAUAAACAUUUUCAGAUUUCUACAGUGACAACAUCUAGUUGAUAAUUCCUCAACUGCAUUAAAUUAAUUCAGAACAUCAACAGUGAUGUCUUGUUGGAUAAAGACUGUUUCUAAAAUGAACACGCUUUUGGAAUUUUUGGUAGGAAACACAUUGCAAACAUAGGUUAAAAUAGUGUUAAGGGAGAGUAACUAGGAUGCAAAUUAUUCACACUGUCUAUACUUUUGGUUGCAAUAUUGAGCAACAUGACAUUUAUAUCAAUGUUGUCUUGAUCUGCACUAUUGCAACAAUGGUUGUUAAUGUUGGAGCACAGGUUUAUUCAGUAUUGGAAAAAUCCCUAUAAUUUAGUAAGAGAACAGGUGUACCUGAUUCUUGCUGCUGCAGAGCUUUCCUCAAACCGCGUGAGGGGAGUCCAAGCUGCCCACUCUCAUUCCAGCCCCACACAUACAGGUCGCCUCCAUCUGUAAAAGAAAAGGUUUUGUAGGGUUAUUUAAGGUCAAUCUGGUACAAUCACCCUUUUAACUAGCUACUAGAUUACUCACCACUGAUGCAGACAGAGUGCCAGCCUCCUGCUGCAACAGAGGUCAUGGACAUCCCCCAGAGGGCCUCAACUACCCUGGGCUCCUCCUCAGAGGUGAGGCCUCCAUGCCCAAGCUGACCAUGGCUAUAAAAGAAAACACAUCCAUGUGCACAAGACCAAGAUCUGCAUAAAUAUAUUGAUGUUGUCUAUAAGGAUGGAUGUUGAGUAGAUCUACCUGCCCAACCCCCAUGUAAACACAGCUCCAGAGGCAGUGAGGAGGAUGGCAUGUGCUGCACUCAAUGCCAGACUCUUGGCUUUCAAGUGUGGUGAUAAGGACCGGUAGAGAGGUGGUUUCAUGGCAAUGUAACCCCCAGAGACCAGCGGAAGACUUAAAGGGGGUCCUGAAAAAAAACAAGUGCAUAGUUUAGUCUGUUAUCUCUAAAUACUUUAUUUGUCAAAGUACAUUAUGGUACCUGAGGUCUCUGAUUGUGAUCUUAUUUCCUCGCUCCAUGAUGGAGUCUUUUCUUCUUUCUGUAGAUCCCAGGCCUCAACUCUGUCCGGAAAAGCGAGAGUUAAGUAUGAUUCACUGAUGUAGACAUCGGUACAGCCACGGCUGUGUUUUAUUAAGGCACCACUGGACUCAGUGGAAGUGACAGCACCAAAACCUGCCAGACACAGACAGCUUUCACCUAAUAGACAGAGGACAGAAAAACAGGGUGAAUGUCUGCAUGAAAUACGUGACUCUAGUAAAUGUAAUAAAUGCUGAGGUUUCUUUGACAGACUUACCACCCAGGUGUAAGGAUGCUCUUCGACUCCAGCUUGCUUUAAUUCGGACACUUUUCGAGCAACAGUCAGUGCCUGUGGUUAGCUCUAAAGGGCUACUAACCUUCACAUCCUCAUCAGUGCCGAUUUUCUCUGAUUUAGAUAACUUGUCAUGAUCAUAUAUCUGUCCAAAUGCGUUAAAUCCAAAUCCAAACCAACGCAUUGAAACAAACUUAAACUUUGAUGAUUUUCUGAUUGAAUCGUUUCUGUUCGCAUGUUUCCACACUGGAGUUAGCUUAUGGUACUGCGCAUCGUGCGCAUGCGCUCUGCUACGCUUAUGGCAGCGCGAGCUGAGUGAACAAGGCUUGACAUGGAAUACGACUCUUAGCAAAAGGAACUAAACAAGUACAUGAAUUUUAGUACAUUUUUUUUUUAUUUCUUCCUAAAUAUGACUUCAUUUCAUUAAAAAAAGUAAAAGCCAUGUAAGAAACACACUGGAAAUGUAGUGGAGUGACAAUAACAACUGAUAAUCAACAUGAAAAGACAGUUAUCAAGAGAACAACCAUGCUCUCUUUUUAAUAUGUGACUUGUGGGCAUUUUAUAAUAAAAACAAAUAUAAAGAAACAUGGUUCUGGAUAACAUAGAAUAUAACAUAUUGUGGGAAUGACUGUUAUAUGAUUUUUUUUUCAAAAAUGUAUCAAUCUUGAGUGAAGAAUGUAUAGAGUGCCUUUGUUCAUCACAGAAGUGAAACACACUGCUGAAAUCAAGUUGAAUACAAUCAGUUGAAAGCAAUUAAAGCACAUUCAUGUUACACUUGAAAUGUCAGCUUCUUUCAUAAAAUACUUCUCAUUUUCUUGUAUUGCUUUGACAGUUUCUUGUUUUAACUCGGUACUUUAACGACUUCCUUGGUCCCAUACAAAACUCAACUACUCUGACCUUGCCUUAAGGCACAUUCACACACUGCAGCAGUAUUUUCAUGGUUUGGGUUCCUUGCUUUUCUCCUUCCCGUCCCUGCUCAUUAUAAUGUUGUACUCCAAAGCCUUGUCCAGGCAGUUCUGAGCAAUCUUACAUACUGGCUCUGGCAUGCCCUCUCCUCCCUUUGCCAGGACAGAAAGAAUCUCCAGAACUUCACUUUCCAUGAGCGUCUCAGCCAGACUUUUCUCUGCCUGCAUCAUGUUGUGAACGAUGACUACUCCACGGUGACGUAGAUGAGAUAUUUCACUGAGCAGCAGUGCUUGUACAAUCUCUAGCCAGUGAGUUGUCUGAAAAGAAAAGACAAAGAGGGGUAAUAAAAAAGAACAGUUAAUCUUCAUAAUGUGUGACAGUGUGGUGUUGGUGGAUGUGAUUAAGGCUUACUGUUCCAGGGAUUCGUGCACAAAGCUCAGGCUGCUCAGCUGUCAGCAUGGCCAAGGUUCCAGCAGCAGCCUUUCUCAGCCUCUCAUCCUCCUCUCCACUGUACAGCACAAGCAGCUUCAGGCGAUCAUUACCAGUGGCCAGAUACAGCUUCUGCACCUGAGAACACAUACCAAAAAAACUCCCUGCUUUAACCUCAACUUCCAAACCAACCUU